AUGAUGCCAUCUGUUCUCUCGUCAACCUACCAGCAAUACAAGCGCGAUACUAAUGUCGUUGCUUCGUGGUUGGCCACUACCGCCACAAGCUCCGGCUAUACCAAGCCUCUGAGCCAACCUGUCACUACGGCGGCGUCAUCGAAACCAGUUUCCCAAAGAUUGAAAGGCAAGGCCCGCAAAGAAGCCAAGAAGCACCAGGUGUUCGGUGACGCGGCACCCGUUCAAGAUGCCAAGCCAACGCAUGUCAUCGCCAUCAAGGAUUUUGUGCCUCUGGCCGACUUCAUCUCUGCAAAGCUCUCCGGCCCCUUCAAGGUCCCUGACUUCUUUGUUUCAGCCCUCAAUCGUGUCAUUGAAACUCGGAAACGCUUCUCCAGCAUGGUAGGAGAGGUCCGGGGAUUUAAGGACUACCACGGUGAUAAGAAACAUGUCUAUUUUGUCACCGUUCUGGAACGGGUUCGCGACGCUUUCAAGCCGCAUGCUGAUGCCGAUGCAUUCAACAUGUCCUCCGUGGUAGAUGCCACAGACAGCAUCAACAAGAAAAGUCCGAGGAACAUGUUCGCUGUACUGGACGUCUAUGAACCAUCUCAGAGCUUCCUGGCAGCUCCAGAUAUCGAUCGUCCUGCACAGCCUCUGACGGAGUACGUUGCCGAGAAUGACGACUCGGCAACAGAGGCCUUGUUCAUCUACACUGCCUUCCUCAGAGAUCUCGGUCAACUUAAGGACCAGAUUCUUGAGCUAUGGGGCGAGUACAAGUCUGGCGAAGUCGACCUCGCUGCAGUUUCGGUAGCCACCAACACCGCUCUCCAACUGGCACGUAACAUGGAGCAAGAAAUCGCCCCCUCGAUGGAGAAGCUUGAAGGCGCCUUGGGCGCAAUCCAUAUGUUCUACGAAGCCGCUUGCGCAGCACGAGGUUUGGAUCCUCUCGAAAAGGAGUCAUUCGGCGAUGAUUUCAAUUUUCAAUGCUACCAAGAGGGUUCCGACUUUUACUACAAUACUUUCAGCCUUCUCAACUCUUUCAACACCAAUUCGGUUACAGAUCCAGGCAUCCCUACCUACAAUGGGAAGUUCGGUUGGUAUGAUGAUACGAAACGGGCCAGGGACGGCCGUGAGCGGUGGCAAGAGGAUAAAGCAGCGCUUCUCGAGGUCUUUGCUGACCAGACGAUGCUCGUCCAACUACUAAAGGCGGUCCCAGUUCACGACGAGUUCACCAAAGGGCUGAAGACAAUGUUGGAAACCGGCAAGAUUCCUGUAUGGCUUUGUUUUGCCGCCCAGGUGUACCUCGACGUCCUCAAGUUCCUUGGUGCCUCUGUGCGGAAUGGCGAGAGAGACCUCCAACGUUCCACGAGGAUCAUUGCGGACAGCGUCAACAACGCUCUACAAAUUCGCAGCGAUCGAGAAGCCACGGUUAAGCAGAACAUGCAAGAAUGUCGCAGACUGGCUACCAUGUGGGGUCGCGGCCAGGAUCCCUUCAGUGCGAUUCGCAUUGCUUCGGGGCUUCAGGACAGGCCGUCCAACUUCUUGGAGCAUCAUCCGAUAUAUUGUGGCUUAUAUCUGCAUUUCGUUCGAUCCUUGUUCCACCGUGUCGGCGUUGAGUACGCGGCAAAGCCGGGCAACGUCAUGCACGGCAUCCAGCUCUACCAAGCUGUGCAGCAGGAGGGUCUCCUCCAAGGUAGCGAAGAAUGUGGUCUUUUGGAGACGAUGCUCGAGUCUCAGGGUAACUCGACUUUCUUCGUUGGCGAUCCGCCCAAGUCCCCGGAGGCUUACUUCAAGAAUUUCGGAUUGUCCAAAGGGAUCUCAGCGGCGCAAUGGCUGCAAAAACGGAGCAAUCCCAAGCGCGUUACGACAUCAAAGGCUGGGAUCCGUAUCAUGAAGUUCAAGGGCAUCUGCUCCUUGUCCUUUGCCGCUAAAAUCGCGAUUGAAUCGGAUCAGAGAGGCCUCAACGCCGAGGUCAUUGACCAGAUCCUCGAGCGUAGCGGUUGGCUUGAGAAACUGCCAGCCACGGCCGAGAGUCGCCCAGAUGAUCCGCAAAGGAAACUCAAGAGCCAUCGCGCCCUCGGCACAUCAGAGCUCGUUCGUCAGGUCUGCCUCGCGAUCAACGACGAAAUAUCGGAGAUCUCAUUUGAUUAUUAUCACGUCGACCGAGUUUGCUGGGAGUUGUUGAAGCAUGUGCGAGAAUCCGUGGAUGCACGCAAUGUGGGAGGCUCUCUCGACCCGAGUCUGCUUCGCACGAUCCUGGACAACAACCUAGGCGAUGUUGUUGGCAUCGUGUUCGCCGCAGCUGUCGGUCAGAUACCCACAGUUCCCCCAGCAGAUUCGAUGGCGCCACUGCGAAAAGCGGCAGAGGCAUUCAAGGUCAAGUCUACUCCAGAUCAAUAG